AUCAUCAAUCAAACUAUAGUUGAUUAUAUAAUUAAAAUCCGAAACUCAAAAGUUCACUUUUGCUCAAUCUCCCGUGAAAAAAUUCUCUUGAUAUUUUAUUUUAUUUUAUUUUUUUGGUUUUAAUAUUAUCAAAUACAGACACAGUAACAAUGACUGUCGAAAAUACUAAAGUUGGGGAAACGCCAAUUUUCACAACCAAAGCCCAUGUGUUUCAUAUUGAUCCACAAACAAAACGAUCUUGGAUUCCAGCUAGUUCGGCAGCAGUAAAUGUUAAUUUUUAUUAUGAUUCCACACGAUCAUUAUAUCGAAUAAUUAGUGUCGAAGGUCAAAAGCCUGUCAUUAACAGCACGAUCGUUCCGAAUAUGACGUUUACAAAGACUUCACAAAAAUUUGGACAAUGGUCUGAUAUUCGUGCCAAUACUGUUUACGGCCUAGGAUUUUCAUCGGAACCAGAAUUAAAUCGAUUUAUUGAAAAAUUUCAAGAAGUUAAAGAAGCCACGAGGAUCGCUCAACAGAAAGCCCUACAGCCUAAUGGCAAUAUUACUAAUACUGGUGCUACGGCUGCUGUUAAUCAUUCAUUGUCAGCACGCGAUUCACCGCGAUUAUCAUCGGAAUAUCAAAAUGAUAUCCUAAUGAGCAAAUCAUUACUGCCUCAUCAACGAAGCCAAAGCUUAUCGGGUCUUCAAGCCAAAAAUCUAACUGAUAGUCCAAAAUAUCGAAACCGUGACAAACAAAUUUCAUCGGUUACACUUCCACAAUCAUCUAAUGAAGCACAAUUGCGUUAUGAAAAUGAAAGGCUUAAAUUAGCUUUAGCUCAGAGUUCGACGAAUGCUAAAAAAUGGGAAAUUGAAUUACAAACAUUGAAAAGUAACAAUACUCGAUUAACGAAUGCGUUACAAGAAUCAACCGCAAACGUUGAAGAAUGGAAAAGGCAGUUGCAAUCACUUAAAGAUGAAAAUACUAAAAUGAAACAUAAAAUACUUGAACUGGAAGCUAGUCACGGAAAUCCCGAAGCCAUAGCUGAUCUACGCAAAGAAAUUCACCAUUAUCGUACGCAUUGUGAAAAUCUUGAAACCGAAAUCAAACAAAAAGAUUGUGAAAUUGAUUUGUUAAAAAAACGUUUAGAAGAACAAUGUCAACUCUAUGGUUCAUCAAACCAAAAAGUUGAUGAUAAAAUAAAGAUUCUUUUAAAUGAUAACGAAAAUUUACGCCAACAACUUAAUCGUCUUUCAUCGAUGGACAACAAUAGUGAUUCUUGUAUUAAACUGAGCGAUAAACAAUAUCGUACAUUAUUGGAACAACUAAAUGUUCGUUUUGCCCAAAAUAUUCAAGAGCUACGUUCGAUACAACAAGAAUUCUCAUCAUUGCUCAAUGCAUCUUGAUAAUUUUAUGAAAUGUUGGUUUUUCAAUUAUUAAUCUAUAGAUCAAACUAAUAUAUAGACGAAUUUGA